UAUAAGUCUUGCUUUUUCAGGAAGGCAUAAUAAUAUAAGCAUGUGGGUUCUUACACAACAGCUGACGGCUAUAGCGAAACCUUUUAGAGAAAAUGUAGCUUGCAUUAUUAGUUUUUUCACCCUGAAUAAGGUUGCAAAUCAAACUCUUUUUGAUGAAUUUGGUGGUGAGCUAUCAGCUGAAAGUAARAAAGAAUUUAUGAAGAUAUUGAAAUCUGAGAAAUAUUCCCGUAUUUGUUUUUGCCUCCGACAUCCUUACAAUUGUUAUAUUGAAAUUCCUAAUAUAUAUGGAUCCGAUAAUUGAACUGCUUGAAGAAGCGCCCGCCGAAACUCCGGUCGAGAGACCAGUAGAAACGAAAAAGAAGCGUACAACGAAAAAGCCGGACUCUCCCGAAGUUGAAGAGAAAAGAGAGCAGCUGUCUAUCCUGGCUGUUUUAGGAACUAUAGAAACUUACACGGGAGUUAAAAUGUCUUUAGGUGAUGUAAAAAAGCUUUCAGCUAAGGAUGUUGAAACAUAUUAUAAUCGAUAUCAAGUCACUAUGGGUAAUCAAGUGACUGGAGGCCUUGUUGAUAUGGCCAUAGAAGGGGCUGCUGAGGUAAUCAGUAUGGUAGCUCCAAUAGAUGAUAAGAAAGAAUUGUGUGAGGAUUUGAAGAAGAAUGACCUUCUUAAGCAGGAGCUCAACAACGUCGCUGGAUAUGCUGUAUUACAUGGCGGCCGCUUUGUGGCUCUUGGUUCUUGUCUUAUGCAGAUUGCUAAGCAUAUUAAGUUCUCUCCUGAGCAGUCUUAAGCAUGAGAUUCAAAAAUAUAUAUUAUAUAAUGAGUGAGCAAGUUGAGCAAAUUACAAAAGAGCCAGAAGUUGUUAAGAAGAUAAAAGAUCCGAAGAAGGUGGCUGCUGGUAAGAGGCUAGCUGAGUAUCAUAAGAAGGCAAAGAAUGCAUUGCAGAAGGAAAAGAAACAAAAGUCUUGGAUGCCUGAAAUAUCUCUAACAACGGCUAUAUCUAUUGUGGGCACGACAAUAGCAGCUGCCGAUUUAUACUACCGAUGGAAAUCAUCUAAAAGCGGCCUGAGAACUCAUAUGACGAAUUUAUGGAAAUCUAAGCCAGAAGAAGAACCUGAGGAAAUAGAUGAAAUAGAGGAAAUAGAGGUAGAAGAGCCUAAAAAGAAACCUAAAAGAAAAAUCGGUAUGGAAUAAGAUGAUACUAUACAUUGAAGAAACUAAGCCGGAAUUUACAAUAUAUUUAGAUCCGCCUGCGCAUAAUCCGGAAACUAUUUCUUUGAACAGCGCUCGCAUUGGAAUUCCAGACAAGAUGGAAUUUCCUCCACAAGCAAUUCACAUCUAUUGUGAUUUAAUAGCUAGUGAAGAUGUUCGUUUAAAUUCAAAGAGAACGCAGCUUUUGGGAAUAAUUCAUAGGAAGAAAGUUAAUGAAAUGGGCAUACCAGGCAGCCGGGCUAAAAUUAAAACCAACGGAACUAAUCGUGUUUAUUCUAUAUUCUUUCGCAUCACAGACGGCACAAAGUUAUUACAGGUGGCUCCCGAGAAAAUUCAUUUGGAAAUAGAAAUAUGUUAGUUAUAUAUAGCAU